AUGAGAACUCUCACAUUUAUUGGUGCCAUUUAUAUCCUAAAUCAAGUUCUCCCUGCCCUUUCCACCCUAAGCACGACAUUCCAGAAAGGAACUGUCAAUUUUGCUGGAAUUAAGCCAGCCACAAAGGCAACCCAGAGUGCCUUGGAUAGAGUUGUAGAGGAUAACAAAAUUGUCACACAGAUGCAAGCAGACCUUGCAGAAGAUGGUAGGCUCUCCCUAUGCGGCCUGAACCCAACCCCAUACGAGUACAGAGAAGUAACCAGCUUGCUCUCCAAAUAUGUUGUCCCUGAAGAAAAACAUUAA